AUGGAAUCUCUUCUCUAUUAUAUUUUAAAGAAUCCCAGUGAUGCUAUAAUUAACCAAAUAGAAUCGUUAUUAGACACACAAGACGGUUUCGAAAUGUUUAUUUCUUUACUUAAUAAAAAUAAUGUAGUAGCCUAUUCUUAUAUGAAGAUGAAAGCAAAAGAUUGGAUUAACAAUCCUAUCAGACAAAAUUCUAUUUUUAAAUACAAGAAUAUGUUUUAUAAUCUUAUAGAAAUUUCUACUAAUCAAAAUUUUACUUUACUAUGUGAUUUCUUUGAAAUAUUAUUCUAUAACUAUUUUUACUGGCCUGAUUUUAUUAAUUUUCUAGUCUCCUAUAAAUAUCCUGAAAAAUCUUUUAAAGUUUUAAAUUCUUGUUUUUAUAAAUUUAGAAAGCUGCAUAAAUCAGAUAAAUUAUUUUCAGAAAUAAUUUAUUGUAUUGAAAAAACAAAAGUGAUUUUUGAGCAAUAUUACUUUACUCAACAAAAAAGUGAAAUUGUUUACGAUAUUAAUUUAUUGAAUAUUUUUUAUAGUUUAACUUUUCAAGAUAUUCAUAUAUUUUUUGAAGAAAAUAUUGAUAAGUUUAUAUCUACCCUGUGUUUUUUGUUUAAGAAGAAAGAAUUACAAGGUACAAUUUGUGAGAUAUAUAAUUUAUUUAUAAUGAAAUAUUCAGAUUUAUUAGAUUUUACUAAGAUAUUGGGUUCAGUUCUUAUAUCAAUUGAUUCAUUUGAUUAUAACAAAUAUUCAGUACUACUAAAUAUUAUUAAGAAGAGGAAUACAGAAGCAUGUAUUAAAUUUGAGGAUGCAUUAGUUAAUGCAAUUAAACUUGGAUCUAUUUUAAGUGAUAAAGAAAAAGAAGAGAUGAAUAAUUUAGAAUAUAGUACAAAUAUAUUAAAUAAUAUAGAUGUAGAAAGAGGUAUUUUAAUAGAUUUAUUAUUGAAUAUUACACGUACAAAUGAUAUAUGUGGUAAUACUACAUUUAUUCCUAAAUUAUUGAGUAAUCCACUUACAGAAGAGUCAGAAAUAUUUUUAUAUACAGCUCUUAAAUUUACUAAUGUAGAAAUAAUGAAGAAGUGUCAGAUUAUUAUAAAUAAUGCAGAUAGUGAUAAUUAUCUAUCAUUUGCAGCUUUUAGGUACCUUCUUACUAUUAAAGAAUAUUUUUCAUGUGAUAUUAAAUAUAUUGAAAGAGGGCACAUUUCUGCUUAUUUGUGCUGUGAAAUGUAUACAAAAUAUUUACAGAAAAUAUAUCCACUAGAAAUACAAAUAUUAAAAGAUACAACACAAGAUAGUAAUAUAGAUAUUAAUAUUAUAUCUAGACUUAUGUUAUUUUUAAAUGGAAAUAUAGAAGAUCAAUUUUCUUGUCAUCUACUAAAUAGAAUUAUAAAAGUAGAUGUAAAUUAUAUGAGUAAUGAUUUAUAUUUAUUUCUUAUAGAUUUUUGUAAACUUUACAUAAGAAAUAUAAAUAGUCAACUUGCUUUUCAAUAUAUUUUUGACAUUUUUGGGAUUUUAAUAACAAAAGGUAAAUUAGAUGAUAAAAUACAAUAUGAAAAAGAUUUUAUUUAUCUUAUAAAUAUUAUAACUACUGAAGAAAUUUUUGGAAUGUAUAAUCCUGCUUUUUAUCUUUUAAGUCUUGUUAUUUUACAUGGUACAAAUGAUUACUCAAGUAUAUUAAGAAUAGUAUCACAGAAUGCAAUAUGGACAUCUAAAGAACUUUUACUAUCAGUGAUAUGUCUAACAAUAUCUUUAUAUAAAAAAAAACAUAUGUCUGAAGAACAAGUUAAUUAUAUAAUAGAUUAUUUAAGUAGAGGAAAUAAAUACUUUCCACUGUUGUUAUCUGAUAAUACAACAUGUUAUUUACAGGAUUCUGAUGAUAUAGAAGAAUAUUUUAUAUUAAAAAGUAUAAAUAUAACAAGUAAAGAAGAAUAUAUAAAAAUCUACAAAAAUGCCAUUGAAUAUUUUACAAAUAAUUUUAUAACAAAAAAGAAUGCAAGGAGAGUAAUAAGAUCUUUUUUAAAAGGUAGUGUUAUUGUCAAUGAUAUGAUGUAUAAAAAUAUUAUAGAAAAAAACAUGUCUAAUCUUUGUUUUAAUAAUGUGCCUUAUUCUAUUUACAUUAACUUUGAAAUUUAG